AUGAAAACAUUAGUUAACAUUUUUCAUUUGGUUUAUGCGCUUUCACUUCUUUUUGGGAUUGAGAAGAUUACUUGUCUAACAGAUAGCUUAACCAGAAGUCAAAUUCUUAAGGAUGGUGAAACCAUCAUUUCAGCUGGUGGGAGCUUUGCACUUGGAUUCUUCAGUCCAAGUAUGUCAACUAAAAGGUAUUUGGGAAUAUGGUAUCGGAACAUACCUAUUCAGACUGUGGUAUGGGUGGCUAAUAGAGAAGCUCCCCUCACAAAUACAACUGGUUUCUUGGAAAUCGUCCAACCAGGGGUUCUUGUUAUUCGCAACGAGAUGAAUAGCUCCAUAUGGUCAUCUAAUUCUUCAACGGCUGCACAGAAUCCAGUAGCACAAUUGUUGGACACUGGGAAUCUUGUUUUGAAAGAUGCAAAUGAUGAUAAUCCAGGAAACUAUAUCUGGCAGAGCUUUAAUUAUCCAAGUGAUACAUUUCUACCCGGGAUGAAGCUGGGUCGGAAUUUUGUUACUGGUUUAGAAGUUCAUGUUACAUCUUGGAAGAGUUUUGAAGAUCCAGCUCCAGGAGAAUAUACAUACCACUGUGAUCCUACAGGAUAUCCGCAAAAUUUUAUAAGUUCAGGUUCAGGCUUGAUCUAUCGAACUGGAUCAUGGAAUGGCCAAGGAUUCAGUGGUGUUCCAGGUUUGACAGCAAAUCCUAUAUUUUCUUUUGAAGUUGUUUUUGACAGUGAGGAGGUAUAUUACAGUUUUAAGCUGCUUGGAUCCACUAUUACAAGGUUUACCUUGAGUCCAAGUGGUGUUGGGCAGCGCUGGACAUGGGACAAUCAAAGCGGAAGGUGGAAUAUCUACCUGUCUGCACCAAAUGAUAACUGUGACAGUUAUGGAUUAUGUGGUUCAUUUGGGAGUUGUGAUGUUGGGAAUUCAGCAAUUUGUGGAUGUUUGGAUAAGUUUAAACCUAAGAAUCCUGAGAACUGGGGUAAGGGAGUUUGGUCAGAUGGCUGCAUCAGGAAGACGGAAUUAGAUUGUGACAGUGGAGAUGGAUUUCUGAAGUAUUCUAAUUUUAAGUUGCCAGAUACUCAUAACUCCACAUACAACAGAAAUAUAUCCCUGGAGGAAUGCAGAACAGAGUGCUCGAAGAACUGCUCUUGCACAGCUUAUUCGAGCUUGGACAUAAGAAAUGGAGGAAGUGGCUGCUUGCUCUGGUUCGGUGAUUUAAUUGACAUGAAAGUGAUGCCUGGAGCUGGCCAAGAUAUUUACAUCAGGUUGGCUCCUUCGGAGUUAGUCUCCUCAAAUGAUUCUCGUGGAAAGAAGGUAAAAAUACCGGUCAUCGUUUUGCUGUCAGCACUUGGUAUGGUUCUAUUUGGCCUUGGCAUCCUAUUUUAUACCGACAGAAGAAAGAAGAAACAUCAAUUGAGAAAGCAAGGAAUACUACAUGAUAAGGAUUACGGAAAUGAACACCAUAAUAAAGAGAUAGAGCUUCCGCUAUUUGAAUUUUCUAGAUUACUUCAAGCUACCAAUAACUUCUCUUCGGACAAGAAGCUUGGUGAGGGUGGUUAUGGUCCCGUUUACUGGGGUAAGUUGGAAGAUGGACAGGAAGUUGCUGUGAAGCGUCUCUCUGAACAUACUCAGCACGGUGUUGACCAAUUCAUGACCGAAGCAAUCUGCAUUGCCAAACUUCAGCAUCGGAAUCUUGUGAAGCUUCUAGGAUAUUGUAUUGAAGGGGAUGAAAGGAUUCUGAUAUAUGAGUUCAUGGCAAACAAAAGCUUGGAUUACUUUAUAUUUGAUCAAAAGAGGAGCAGAUCACUUAACUGGCAAAACCGGUUCCAUAUCAUCCAGGGGAUUGCUAGGGGGCUUCAAUAUCUUCAUCAAGAUUCCCGACUUAGAGUCAUUCAUAGAGAUAUAAAAGCGAGCAAUAUUUUGCUGGAUGCUGAUCUGAACCCAAAAAUAUCAGACUUCGGCACAGCUAGAAGCUUUGGAGGGAAUGAGACUGGUGACAACACUGUUAAAGUAGUUGGGACACACGGCUAUAUGCCUCCAGAAUACGUAGGAGAUGGCCUCUUUUCAGUGAAAUCAGAUGUGUUCAGCUUUGGAGUUCUAGUACUUGAGAUUAUCAGUGGUAAGAGAAACCGAAUGUUUGUUCUUGAAGGGCACAACCUCAACAUUUUGGGACAUGCCUGGAGGUUUAAUCGGCAAGGAAGAGCACUGGAAUUAGUCGACUCUAAUCUGACUAAUUCAUAUUGUUCGAUAGAAGUGCUUCGAGCAAUCCAUGUGGGACUGUUAUGUGUGCAACAAAGUCCAGAAGAUAGGCCUGAUAUGUCGUCUGUAGUUUUCAUGUUAGGAAGCAGCGGACCACUCCCAGAAGCUACACGUCCUGGGUUUUUCGUGGAAAGAAACAUAUUGGGUUUCCACAUGCUUUACCGCAGAGAUAGAAGCAAUAGACUUGAAUCUGUAAAUAAAAAAAGGUUUCGCCUCCUUGUAAGGUGCAUAAAAAGAGCUAUUUCAUCAUCAGAAUCCGAAUACAAUAACACCAGCUCAACCCAGCUUCUGUACAGAACCCAGUGGCCCAAUUGUUGGAUAAGCUUUGAUUAUCCAACUGACACACUUCUGCCAGGAAUGAAGCUAGGCCUGAAUUUUGUUACUGGUUUAGAGGUUUAUCUUUCAUCGUGGAAAAGUUCAGAUGAUCCUGCUCCGGGGCAAUAUACGUACAUCAUGGAUCCUGCUGGAUUUCCGCAGAAGAUGAUAAAAAAUGGUAGCAGUUUGGUGUAUCGAACUGGACCAUGGAAUGGCUUUGGAUUCAAUGGAUUUCCAAGCCUGACAGGGAACAAUAUUUUCAGCUUUCAAGUUGUAUAUAACAAUAAGGAGGUUUACUAUACCUACAAGCUUCUGAGUUCAACUGUUUCGAGGGUUAUCUUGAAUCCCAAUGGUGUAGGGGAGCGAUGGAUAUGGGAAAACCGAACAGCAAGUUGGAAAAUUUACUUGUCUUUACCAUCAGAUGCCUGCGACACCUAUGGGUUAUGCGGAGCAUAUGGAAGUUGUAAUCUUAUGGAUCUAACGAUUUGUGGAUGUUUGGAGAAGUUUCAGCCCAAGAACCCUGAGAAUUGGAGUAAAGGAGAUUGGUCGGAGGGUUGUGUUCGGACAUUCAACUGCAGCGAAAGAGAUGGAUUUCGGAAACUUUCCAACCUCAAAUUGCCAAAUGUACAGAAUUCAACCGUUCAUAGAAAUACGACUCUGGAGGAAUGCAGAAGUUUGUGCUUGAAGGAUUGCUCUUGUACAGCUUAUUCUAGCUUAGACAUAAGGAAUGGAGGAAGUGGCUGCUUGCUUUGGAUUGGGGACUUAAUUGAUAUCAAAGUGUCAUCUGCUUCUGGUGAAGACAUUUACAUCAGGAUGGGUGCUUUGGAAUCAGGAUCUGAUGGAAAGAAAGGAAAUAUACUCGUCUGGGUUUUACCAUUAUCAGUUCUUAUCAUGAUUUUACUAGGACUCUUCCUCAUAUUAUGCAUCUACAGAAACAGAAGGAACAGAAACCAUCUUAAGAUAAAACCAGAUGGAAUUGCGAUUUUCAGAAACAGCAAUGGCAAGGAUUACAUGAACGAACACCAUAAGACAGAGUUAGAACUUCCUCUGUUUGUGUUUUCUAGAUUAGUUCAAGCCACCAAUAACUUCUCCUCUGAAAACAAGCUCGGAGAGGGUGGAUAUGGUCCUGUUUAUUGGGGUCGUCUGGAAGAGGGACAGGAAAUUGCCGUGAAGCGUUUAUCAGAACAUGCAGAGCAAGGCAUCGACGAAUUUAAGAAUGAGGUUACUUACAUUGCUAAGCUUCAGCAUCGGAAUCUGGUCAAGCUUCUAGGAUGUUGUAUUGAAGGGGAAGAAAUGAGCUUGAUUUAUGAAUAUAUGCCCAACAAAAGCCUGGAUCGCUUCAUAUUUGAUCCAAAGAAAAGCACCCUGCUUGACUGGCCUAAGCGAUUUCAAAUUGUGCUGGGAAUCGCCCGAGGACUUCUUUAUCUUCAUCAAGAUUCCAGAUUAAGAAUAAUUCACCGAGACUUAAAAGCUGCAAAUAUCUUGCUUGAUUCUGAGCUGAACCCAAAAAUCUCUGACUUUGGGAUUGCAAAGAGCUUUGGAGGAAAUGAAACUGAAGACAAAACAAGACGUGUGGUUGGAACACAAGGAUACAUGUCGCCUGAAUACGCCGGAGAAGGGCACUUCUCGGUAAAAUCAGAUGUGUUCAGCUUUGGCGUGCUGCUUCUAGAAAUCAUCAGCGGUAAGAGAAACAAAGUGUUUAUGCAUGAAGGCCACUACUACAACCUGUUGGGACAUGCUUGGAUGCUAAACAGGGAAGGGCGGGCACUGGAAUUAGUCGAAUCUAAUCUGGGGACUUGUUACUGUGGUUCGCAGGCGCUUCGAGCCAUCCGAGUGGGACUACUGUGUGUGCAGCAGUGCCCAGAAGAUAGGCCUGAAAUGUGUAAUGUGGUUUUCAUGCUGGGAAAUGAAGGACCAGUGCCAGAGGCUACACAGCCUGGUUUCUUCAUGGAAAGAUAUAAAUGCAGGAGAAGCUCCCCCGAUUUGGCAAAUUCGAUACAUGAGAAGUUGCAGGAAGAAUAUUUACUUUUCAAAAGAGCAGUUUGGAAUACAAGGACAAAAAUUUAUAAGUCUGGUGGGAGCUUUGCACUUGGAUUCUUCAGUCCAAAUGCAAAUGAUGAUAAUCCAGGAAACUAUAUCUGGCAGAGCUUUAAUUAUCCAAGUGAUACAUUUCUACCCGGGAUGAAGCUGGUGAGGAGAAAUAUAUCCCUGGAGGAAUGCAGAACAGAAUGCUUGAAGAAAUGCUCUUGCACAGCUUACUCGAGCUUGGACAUAAGAAAUGGAGGAAGUGGCUGCUUGCUCUGUUUAUGUCUUGCUUUACUGAUAAGUUUGCAUACUACACUCUCCUCAAAUGAUUCUCAUGGAAAGAAGGUGAAAGUACUGGUCACCGUUUUGCCGUUAGCACUUGGUAUGGUUCUGUUAGGCCUGAGCGCCCUAAUUUAUACCAACAGAAGAAAGAAGAAACAUCAAUUGAGAAAACAAACAAUAUUCCAUGACAAGGAUUAUGCAAAUGAAUACCAUAACAAAGAGAUAGAGCUUCCCCUGUCUGAAUUGUCUAGAUUACUUCAAGCUACCAAAGGUUUCUCUUCUGACAACAAGCUUGGUGAGGGUGGCUACGGUCCGGUUUACUGGGGUAAGUUGGAAGAUGGACAGGAAGUUGCUGUGAAGCGUCUCUCGGAAAAUACUCAGCACGAUGUUGACCAAUUCAUGACCGAAGCAAUCUGCAUUGCCAAACUUCAGCAUCGGAAUCUUGUGAAACUUCUAGGUUGUUGUAUUGAAGGGGAUGAAAAGAUUCUGAUAUAUGAGUACAUGGCAAACAAAAGCUUGGACUACUUUAUAUUUGAAUACCCGUGUCGUGUCGUGUCGACACUGGUUUGGCCAAAACGGUUCCAUAUCAUCCAGGGGAUUGCUAGGGGGCUUCUAUAUCUUCAUCAAGAUUCCCGACUUAGAGUCAUUCAUAGAGAUCUAAAAGCUAGCAACAUUUUGCUGGAUUCUGAUCUGAACCCAAAAAUAUCUGACUUUGGAACAGACAGAAGCUUUGGAGGGAAUGAGACUGGUGACAACACUGUUAAAGUAGUUGGGACACACGGAUAUAUGUCUCCAGAAUACGCAGGAGAUGGCCACUUUUCAGUAAAAUCAGAUGUGUUCAGCUUCGGAGUUCUAGUACUGGAGAUUAUCAGCGAAGGGCUUCGAGCAAUCCACGUGGGACUACUAUGUGUGCAACAAAGUCCAGAAGACAGGCCUGACAUGUCGUCUGUAGUUUUCAUGUUAGGAAGUGACGGACCACUUCCAGAAGCUACACAUCCUGGCUUUUUCGUGGAAAGAAACACACAACCAAUCCGAAUCUUCUGUGUUAGUGAUAUCAUAAAACCAGGUCAAGUGAUCAGAGAUGGUGAUACAAUGGUUUCAGCUGGUGGAAGCUUUGAGCUCGGCUUUUUUAGCCCAAAUAAGUCUAGUAAUAGGUACGUGGGGAUAUGGUUCAAGUCCAUACCUAUUCCAACAGUGGUGUGGGUUGCUAAUAGAGAAGUUCCCGUCAUUAGCAAGGCUGGUUUCUUGGAGAUCAUCAAUCCAGGAGUUCUUGUAAUUUGCAAUGAAACAAAUGUCAUCAUAUGGUCCUCUAAUUCUUCAACUUCUGUACACAAUCCCGUGGCCCAAUUGUUGGAUAGUGGGAAUCUUGUUGUCAAAGACGCAAGUGAUGACAAUCCGGAGAAUUUCCUUUGGCAGGGCUUUGAUUAUCCUUCAGACACACUUCUGCCGGGAAUGAAGCUAGGCCGGAAUUUUGUUACUGGUUUAGAGGUCUAUCUUUCCUCGUGGAAAAGUUCAGAUGAUCCUGCUCCAGGGCAAUAUACAUACAUCCUUGAUCCUGCUGGAUUUCCACAGAAGAUUAUUAAAAAGGGUAGCAUUUUGAAGUACCGAACUGGACCAUGGAAUGGCUUAAGAUUUAAUGGGUUUCCAGACACGAUGGGUAACGAUAUUUUCAAGUUUGAAGUUGUUUAUAACAGUGAGGAGGUUUACUAUGCCUACAAGCUUCUGAUUUCAACUCUUUCGAGGUUUAUCUUGACCUCGAACGGUGUCGGACAGCGAUGGAUAUGGUCAAAUCAAACAGCAAGUUGGAAACUUUACUUGUCUGCACCAUCAGAUAACUGCGAUAGCUAUGGGUUAUGCGGUGCGUAUGGAAGUUGUAAUCUAGCCAAUCUAACAAUAUGUGGGUGUUUGGAGAAAUUUCAGCCCAAGAAUCCUGAGAACUGGAGUAAAGGAAAUUGGUCAGAUGGUUGUGUUAGGGAGACACCCUUGGAUUGUAGCAAAGGAGAUGGAUUUCUUCAGUAUUCUAAUUUCAAAGUGCCAAAUGUACAGAAUUCAACCCACCAGAGAAAUAUAUCUCUGGAUGAAUGCAAAUCAUUGUGCUUGGAAAAUUGCUCUUGUACUGCUUAUUCAAGCUUAGACAUAAGCAAUGGACCAAGUGGCUGCUUGCUUUGGUUUGGGGACUUAUUCGACAUCAAAGUGGCCCCUGCUGCUGGUCAAGAUCUUUACAUCAGGAUGUCUGCUUCGGAAUUAGGAUCUGAGGGAAAGAAAGUAAAUAUUCUUAUAUUGAUUUUAGCAUUAUCAAUCCUUAUCAUGGGUUUGUUAGGACUUGGCCUCCUAUUCUAUACCUACAGAAGGAAGAAUAAACAACCAGAGAUAAAAACAGAAGCAAUUUCAAGAAACAGCAAUGGCAAGGCUUAUGUGAAGGAACACCAUAACAAAGAGUUAGAACUACCCCUGUUUGUGUUUUCUAGAUUAGUUCAAGCCACCAAUAACUUCUCUUCUGACAACAAGAUAGGAGAGGGCGGAUAUGGUCCGGUUUACUGGGGCAAGCUGGAAGACGGACAAGAAGUUGCUGUGAAGCGUCUCUCUGAAAAUACUCAGCACGGUGUUGACCAAUUCAUGACUGAAGCAAUCUGCAUUGCUAAACUUCAACAUCGGAAUCUUGUGAAGCUGCUAGGAUGUUGUAUCGAAGGGGAUGAAAAGAUUCUGAUUUAUGAGUACAUGGCAAACAAGAGCUUGGAUUAUUUCAUAUUCGAUCAAAGGAAAAGCAGCUCACUUGACUGGUGUAAACGGUUCCACAUUAUCCAGGGCAUUGCUAGGGGUCUUCUUUAUCUUCAUCAAGAUUCCCGACUUAGGGUCAUACAUAGAGAUCUAAAAGCAAGCAAUAUUUUGCUGGAUGCUGAUAUGAACCCGAAAAUUUCAGACUUCGGCACAGCUAGAAGCUUUGGAGGGAGUGAGACCGCUGACAACACAACCAAAGUGGUUGGGACACACGGCUAUAUGGCUCCUGAGUACGCAGGAGAUGGCCUCUUUUCCAUAAAAUCUGAUGUGUUCAGCUUCGGGGUCCUAGUACUCGAGAUCAUCAGUGGUAAGCGAAACAGGAUGUUUGUUCAAGAAGGCCACUACCUCAACAUUUUGGGACAUGCUUGGAAGCUGCACCAGCAGGGAAUCGCACUGGAAUUGGUUGAUCCCAAUAUGUGGAAUUCAUACCGUAAAUCUGAAGUGCUUCGAGCAAUCCAUGUGGGGCUAUUAUGCGUGCAGCAAUGCCCGGAUGAUAGACCUAAAAUGUCUUCGGUAAUCAACAUGUUGGGAACCCAAGAACUGGUCCCAGAGCCUACGCUGCCUGGAUUCUUCAUGGAAAGAAAAAUGGGAAAGUUGUUCAAAUAUUCGCCGGCCACCGAUGAAGAAGAUACUCUGACCAUCGGCAAAUUCAAGGUCAUUGCCGGAACAUCAGGCACAAAAGUGGGUUGA